AUGCCCAACUCACCAGUCACUCCAUCGGCACCGGCAGGUCCCACCCCUCCUGUCACGCCAACCUGGGCCCAAAUCGUCAAUCUUUUCGAAUCCACUCCACGAUGGGUCAACCCAGCCAACGGCGAACGCAGCCAAGAAGCCCAAGCCAAGAUCGACCAUGACGACCAGGCAAACCAGCAAGCCAACAAGCAGACUGCAUGGGCUUUGGUCUUUCUCAUCGUCAAGGGCACAUUCCUCCUCCUCAUGAUCUGGCACGCAGCCCCCCUCGCUAAGACUAAAACCUUGAACACAACCGCAGCGCGCGAUGCACUCAUCGAGGACGUGCGUAACGACCUGUUCAACGAUGUCACGAACGAAGCCCGCGAUAAGCUCAUUCAAGAAGUCCGCGACUUGGUGUACAACGACGUCAUGGGCUCCACAGUCACCUCCCCAGAUCAGCGACUAAUGAUGGUCGGCACCAACACCGCCAAAGAAGUGGUGACCACGCGCUGGGUGCAGCGGACCAACAAGGGCGUUGGUGACGGCGGAUACGGCAAGGUCUACGGCGGCCUCCACGAGACGCUGUUCUCUUGGGAAAAGAUCGUGUUCGAUGACAACUGGGCCGGUAUAUCAAAUGGGAAGAGAAAGGAAGCGAUCAAACAAGAAUGGAUCAAAGCAUUCGGAAAGAUGGACGUCGCUGGCGUCACCAAGAAGAGAAGCGCCACGAUCGGUGAGGUCACGAGCUCGCCCAACAAAAAAAUCAAGCUCAUCGACGUCGAAUCCAUCAUCCGAUCAUGGAUGAGGGGCGGGGUACUCUCCAGCAAGUAUCUCGAACGGGUCGGCAAGGACCUUCGUGGCCGCAAAGGCCUGAAACAUGCGCCAUCCGACUUACUACGCGACAUAGCGGAGUAUAGGAGCACCCUCGGACCAACGGUGAGCGUCUUCGGCUUCUGGGGUUGGUGGAGGUUCGCGAAGGACAAUUCGCGCAAGGAAAUUGCCGCAGAGAUGGAGGGAAAAAAAUAUCUUUAUGGUGAUGAAGAUGAGGAGAGUAAGGUUGAAGAGAGUGUAGCGAGCGAGGUCGAUGGAGGUGCAGCCGGCGACGGGGGUGCAGAUGGAGCUGGCGAGGUGGAGGCUGAAAUUCAGAGGUCGUUCACAGACCUGUUCAUGCCAAAGGAACACCAGGAGAGAAUGAGGGCUACAUCAAGCAUGUGGGACAGUGCCAGAAAGGAGCUGGCAAGCCUCCAGGGGUAG